UUGAAGUAGAAGGAAGGAAAUAUUGUUUUCGGAGCACACGGCGCGGGACCAAAGUUCUUCGACCGGAAAAUGGCAACUUUCGUUCCCGAUCUGUUCCGAAAAGCGGAGGAGCUCAACAAUCAGUUGGCUGGCGUGGUAUCUGCGAUAAAGAAGAACAACGAGUACCUGCAGAGAAAGCCGAACGACAAGGUGCUGCUCGACAUGGACUCGAGGCUGCAGAACCUGAUGAAGGAGCUCACCGAGUCUCAGAGCUUCCUCUUCGCCGAGAUGCGUAAGAUGGGCGUGCGACCGGCCACCGAGAAUCCCGAGUACCGCAAGGAAAAGUUCGACCGGCAGGUCUGCCACUUCUACCACAAGCUCAACAACAACAACAUAAAGCUGAGCAAGCUCCUGCUGGACCUCCAGGUGAUCAAACUCGACGCGACCGGCAAGCCGAACCAACGUAAGCACCUGGUCAACAACGGCAACAGCCUCAACGGGGGCACCGUAGUUGUCAAUGGACACCUAUCUGGCCCGCACGACGACGACGAGGACCACCACCGCGGAAGCAGCUCCAACGAGGAGCUGGGGUCGUCGCAGCAGCUCAACGGGCUCGGGCUGCGAAGGCUGCCUCCCAAGAACGGAUUGCGCAAGAAGGUGAGCCUCGCGGCCACGGGGAAUGUAAAACUCGGCAGGAAGCGCAAGAGGAAGGAGGACAGCUUCGACCUGGUGCCCGAGAUCACCCAAGCUACGGCUUUGAGCGGUGGUAGUAGCCCGAUCGAGGAGGAGGAGGAUGCCGACGCCGAUCUGCAGAUGUUGGUGCCCGGGAGUGUCAAGGUGUCGGCGAGCAAUUCGGAGGCGUCGAGCAGGUCGCCCUCGCCGGGCUUCCUCGGCCAGGAGGCGGGUGAUCCCAAGCUGCGCUUCAUGCACGCGGUCGGGCUCUUUGGCUUCGACGAGAUACCCGAUUUGUUGGCCAAGGUCAAGAAGGACGCCAGAAGGAAGGUCAAGUGCUCGCGGAGGGCCGAGUACGAUUACUCGAAAACCGUGGCCGAGAGGAAGGCGAACGCGGCGCGCUGGGAGAAGACGGAGAGCUUGAGAAAGAAGGUGCGCACACCGCUGGCCGCGGUGAAAGCCGUGACCAACGGAGAUACCAAAUACGAGAUGGGCAGGCCGUCGACCAGUGCUGAGAGGAAACUUUUGCACAAAGUUGGAGGUGUGACGAUCAAAGUAGCCACCUGUGUGGCGUGUAACAAGCCAGGUAGCGUAUUACAGUGUGCCAAGUGCGAAAAGUAUUUCCAUGUGACGUGUCACACGGUUGAUCCGCCGUCGAGCAAAUGGUGCCAAGAUUGCAUAGGGACCAUCAAAAGGCGGGUGAAGAACAAAACUCUGACAGGAGCAGCAUCGUACUCGUCGCGACCUUUUGGCGGAGCAUGCAGUGACUCGGAGUUCUAUCGACCGGAUGCUGGGCUUUAUAACGUUGAUGCAGUCGGGGCCGGCCAGUACCUCACCGGCGCUGCCUUUGGCUACAACCAGCUGCCCUCGUCAACCUUCCUCAUACCCAUUAGCAACGACAAUGACGCAGCGACAGGACCACAAAGACCAAAAAGACCAACUGCAGCAUCCGUGGCAGCAGCCGCAGCUGCUUCGGGCCGAGACGUCACCGUCACUGCCGUCACCAACUCUUCCUCCUUGUCUACGUCCUUUCCCCUCUCCUCCUCAUCCCCGGCUGUCGUCCGACCAAACGUACGAGUCGGAAAGCACCGUCAGUCCUCGAUUCUGCUCAAUCAGCUCACGCAGCCAGCAGUCCUCAACGUAUCUCCAAACUCACCGUUCCACGGGGUCUCCGGACAGUCUCGAUGGCAAAGAAGGUGGAGCUCCGAUCGGCCCUCAAUCCCGUCCGAAGUGUCGAUACUCGAUUGGUCCGAGAGCCGAGCAACCGCUCGACCAUUGGAACAGCCCAACUACCACGAGGUCACCGUCGAGCUCGUCUGUAAUGAUAGAAACGACGACGACGUCGUCGUCGAAGAUGACGGCAACAGGUCCGACGAAGGCUGUGUUUACCUCGAGGAGAACGACUCCAGAGAUCGAGCUUGUGAUGACGACGGCAACCCCGUCGACUCUGAUGACCCCGAUGAGGUCAAACAGCAGCAGGCAGAGCCCGAAGUGCUCAAUGUCUCCUCCGGCAGUUCGGAGAUUCAGUCCUGUCUGUCGCCAUCAGCCAUCAAACGCAAGCGCGACACUUCCAUCGAAACAAUCAAACCCUCGACGCCACCAAGCAAGAGAAGACGCGUCGGUUGCGACAAUACACGCAAAGACUUUCUCCGUUCAAUCUUUCCCGGCAGAUACGGCUUUAAAAUCGACAUCUACGACGACGAUAACGACCUGUCGUCCAGCUAUUCAUCCUCGUCUGAGCUGCGAGAUGACGACGAGGACGAGCAAUCGAACGAUCGGAGAGAACACCUGAAACUGGAAGAAGCGCAUUUAUCAGCGCCACCUGAAUCAGACUUGAUGAUCAUCUUAGACGGGGAGGAGGACGAUGACGAAGAAACAAAGAGGAUGACCCUCGAUGAAGACGAAAACAGCUGCAGCAGCAGCAGUAGCUCCGUACAGCAGCUCGACAGCAACGCAGUUCCUGACAAUAAUAAGUCUGACGACGUUGUGAUGGAGAAUAAACGAGAAGAGGACGGGGAUUGUGAACGCUAACAGUAGGACUGGUGAGGAGGACCAGGUUAUCCUCCUCUGCUGAUAUUCUAAUGUAUAGACUGAUUGAUCGUUUGAUGCUCAUCUCUUGAAAGGGAAGGCGCGAAUAAACGUUGCAGUGAAACGUUCAUUGAGGAUUUCGUCUGCGUGACUGGGACUUAUCCCUCAAAGUUUUACGUUGUUUUUGUUUUUUGUUUUUCUUCCCGAUUGAGGAGUUAAAUUGAAGAUCGUGCAUUUUUUUCAUACGGUAUUCUCAAUAAGCGAAUCUUCACUUGUAAUGAAUUUUAAAAACAAAGCAAACUGCUUCUCGAUCCUUCAUGUUAAAGAAUAUACUGCGAAUCGAUGAACUCGAGGUCGUCUCUUUUAUUUUAUUAAUAACAUGUUGAACCACAGUAUUUGCUUUCAAUAUGCACAAGGAAAAUUUCUCAAAGACGAUAGGAUAAUUUGUUUAGUUGUAAUGGUUUUUUUUUUUUAGUUUUAGUAUUAUUAUUAUUUUUUCAUUGACCACACCGUGUUAAAUUAGUCUGUAAUGAAAUCAUCCAAUCAGGAACGUGUCGUCAUUGUGUAUAAUGCAGUAGCAACGUGCAUUAAACAUGCGUCCUGACCAAAGCAAAAGAAUAUGCGUCACGUUGACUGUACGUACAGUGUGUUACCUCAUUUGAAUGCAUAAUUUGAAGGUACAAGAACGUCGAUGGAGACCUGUUAAAUCUUGUGAUUGUGUACAUUUUCAAGCUGUGUAUCAAAGUGCUAGAUUGCUCAGUAAUAAUGUACGAAGACACAUUCCGAACGAUUUUUCAGGACAAGCACACUAGGAGUGUCCUUGAAAAUUUUAUAGUUCAAAUUUUAAAGUUUUUCUACAAACUGUAUUUAACUUUGUUCGGUCGAACGUGACUGACGACGAGUUGUUGUUAAAGUUAUAAAAUCUUUCGUUUUGUUUUUGAUUUAAGUGAUAUUAUACAUAUUAUCUUUGUGAGAAAUCACAUGACAGGUGUGUUCUGUCGCUCGACGUAGGGUGGAAAGUUGCCAAAUAACAAACGUAAGAAUUUCCAAUAUCAACUAGCUCCUACCGAUUGGAAGUGAAAAUUACGCACAUAUCCAUGUACAUAAGUUUGUGAGAUUAAUUCUUUUUUUUUAUUUUCAUCAACUUGUUUUGUGCAUCUAUCAAAGUGAAGUCGCAAAUGGAUCUUGUCAAGUCAUAUAAGUAUAAUUUAACAUUCAUCGAUUGAUGUACGACUUAUUUAUUUUAGAAAUUCAAAUUGGUUUGUUACUUUUAAUUUGCUCAUUGCAUUAUUAUUUGAUUUUA